CCGGCGGCGCCUGCCUCCCCGAGGGAGAUGAGUUACGAUCGGGCCAUCACGGUCUUCUCCCCGGACGGGCACCUCUUCCAAGUGGAAUACGCUCAGGAAGCGGUGAAAAAGGGCUCGACCGCGGUUGGUGUACGAGGAAAAGAUAUUGUUGUUCUUGGUGUAGAGAAGAAAUCAGUGGCUAAACUACAAGAUGAAAGGACAGUGCGGAAGAUUUGUGCUUUGGACGACAAUGUCUGCAUGGCAUUUGCAGGGCUCACUGCUGAUGCUAGAAUAGUUAUAAAUAGGGCUCGUGUAGAGUGCCAGAGUCAUCGGCUCACUGUGGAGGAUCCUGUCACGGUGGAAUAUAUCACUCGUUACAUCGCUAGUCUGAAGCAGCGUUAUACACAGAGUAACGGGCGCAGACCUUUUGGCAUCUCUGCCCUUAUUGUGGGAUUUGACUUUGAUGGAACUCCUAGGCUUUACCAGACAGACCCCUCUGGCACAUACCAUGCAUGGAAGGCUAAUGCUAUUGGUAGAGGAGCCAAGUCUGUUCGUGAAUUUUUGGAGAAGAACUAUACUGAUGAAGCCAUUGAAACUGAUGAUUUGACCAUCAAACUUGUUAUCAAGGCCCUUCUGGAAGUGGUUCAGUCAGGGGGCAAAAACAUUGAACUAGCUGUCAUGAGGAGAGAUCAGCCUCUUAAGAUUUUAAAUCCUGAAGAAAUUGAAAAGUAUGUGGCUGAAAUUGAAAAAGAAAAAGAAGAAAAUGAAAAGAAGAAACAAAAGAAAACAUCAUGAUGAGUGAAAUAUCCGGUUGCUUUAGCUAUUUGUUUUUAAUCCAUUCAAAUCAUGGUGAUUCUACAAAUGACAAGUAGGCAGCUCCAGUCCAUUUAUUCAUGUUGUACCUCCGAGUGACCUACAAAAUAAAUCUAUGUAUUUUUUAAGCUUUUCCCCCCCUUAUUAUUUGGACUUAUGAAAAGAGUGUUUACAAAAAUGCAAUUUUUACCACCUCUGCAAUUAUAUAUCUGGAUGUUCAUUCUUUAUUUAGUACAAGUAUCCCUGACCAUUACUCAUAUAUCCCUUUAUUUGCCAGUCUGUACACCAGAUUUUUUUCCUUUAUGAUAUAAGCAUGUGGACUUAACUAGCAACUCUCUUCUAUAGCACUUUUCACAUCUAGCCUAGUAGUCAGAUUUGAAACUGAAUUUUCACUGAGAUUAUCCCACCUGAUCUUCAUGUGUCCCCAUUUGGGUGGAACAUGGGAGAAGGGAGGCAGUCAAAGCUUCCCUGCUUUGAAUGUCAGAAGCACCAAGGGCACUCUCUUAGGAGAGUUACCAUUGUUGACCAUUUAAAAGAAUUUUUGAGCAUUUUCAACAAUGAAUCUCUUACUUCGAACAGGUUACCACUUUAUUAGGAAACAGACCAUUUACUGAGACCAUAUUUAUUGGAAGAUGUUCAGUUAAUUUGAUAUUUAUAUUAUUGGACUAAUGUUUCUUUCCAGUUCUCAAAACCUUUUUUGUCAGUUCUUUUGUCCCAGCUUGUUAAAGAUAACUAGGAGUUUUCUAAUUAAGUCAUCCUGCAAAGAACAGAGGAUAAUGAACCAAGCAAGCAUGGUUCUAGUGCUGCUUUAUAUCCUCUGUGCUCCAGGACACAUUAGUUCACUUCUCUAGAUCUCCCCUGAAGAUUUGGAGCUCUUUCUCCAAAAUUCUCAAUCUGUUAAAAACCCUCACCUUUGCCAUCCAUUAAGUUGCUUCUGAGCCUGAUUGUCCAACAUAGGUACAAGCCAAAACGAGUGACAUGUUUAAAAUUGAAUAGCAACACUAGUCACAGAUGAGAAGCUGUCCAGCUUAAAUAUAUUUAGUCUGCACUGGAGAAAAGCAGUGCUCAUUCCAACAAUUAAGAAAACUUGAUUAUCAGAGUUUAUGUUCACUUGGCCACAAGAAUUACAAAUGGUUGUAAUUUUAUUACCAAACAUAUGAAAUGUGAAAAUCAGUAUCAGGCUUAGCCAAGUCUUCCUACUAAUCAAUAAUGUUUGGUUGAAAGAAUGAGAAUAUCUAUAAGCAGCUAUUAAAAAAACCCAGAAGGGACAAUUUUAAAAGCACACCUCAAAAAUCUAGCAAUGUAUUUACAUGAUUUCAUUGGUUUUGAUACAGUACUAAAUAAACAGAUUCAAAUCCAUCAGAUUAUAAAAA